AUGUGUUUGUGACUCUUCUCCUCUGUCUCCUCUCACAGGGAGAAGAUGAUCUGCAGCAUCCUGCUGCUCAUCAUCCUGACCUCCUGUGUCUCUGGAACAUUAGUAGUGAAUGUGACCCAGACCUCCUAUCAGGCAGAGGAGAACCACCACAUCACACUGGAGUGGACCUUCACAACCAACCCUCACACUUCCUCCAACUCUCUGAAUAUCUUCUGUGAACUGUUAACUGAUCUCAGACCCUCAGUCCUGUUUUAUCUCCAUGACGGAGUUGAGGUCCCAGAGUCUCAGGAUGAACAGUUUGCAGGACGAAUCCAGUGGGACAAAGACGUCCUCAGAGAAGGACGAAUCAGACUUCAUGUGUCCAGACUCAGGACUGAAGACUCGGGACUGUACAAGUGUUAUGUGGACACAGAUUAUGGGAGGAACUCUGGUAGAUUUUGGCUCAAUGUCACUGCAGCUGCUGAUGAGCCAAAAACCUCAGAGACCAACAGUGAGACCAGAACCAGAGAGUCUGGGAAACAUCUGGAUCCUCUACGCUGGACUGGCAGCAGCAGCAGGGGCAGUUCUACUGAUUCUCUGUCUUUGUGUAAAAUAUAUUAAUAAGAAAAGAAACAUAUAUUCAGCUGUAAAGAUGUUGAGUUUAUCAGAGAAACGAGCCAUCAGGACUAACAGUUUAACUCAGUCAGGACCCUCUUUAAAUGAGUCAUCAGAGCAUAAAGUCACAGUCAUAAAUGUCAGGACCCGUGACCAGAACUCAAGCGCAGACCAGAGUGAAGUUACAAUAAAGGUGAUUUUAUUGAAAUGAACAAACAGAACGUGGUUUGAGUAGCAGGAGAUUCAGCUGAGUCAGAGAGAGGGAAUGGGGUCCGGGCUCCAGUGCUCUGGAUCUUGCAGGGCUGGCAGAUCUGGGUCCAGGCUCAGGGCGAGAUGGUCUGAGGUGAGACAGGAAAAAGCAAGUUGCAACAGGUAUUCCACAAUAGUAAAAGUUGAGAUUGGCUGGCGUGUUCUCAUACUAGUUGAUUCACCGAUCCGGCGUGGACUGGAAGGUUGGCCUGGCUUAUAAAGGGGAGUUGACAGUUGAUGAGGAAGAGGAGUGCUGAGUGGUGUGAUGAGCCACAGGUGUGAAGGCAGGAGCUCCAGUGACCACGCCCACCCGUGGCUUCUCCUAGGCCAUCCUAGAGUCUCUCCUCCAUCUGUUCUUAGUGUCAAGAAAACUUUUUGUGAUAGAAAAUGUAUAUUAUUAUGCUUUAUUAUUUAUUAUGCAGCAGCAGCAGGAGUGGCAGCAGCAGUUCUACUGAUUCUCUGUCUCAAACGCCUCUUUGUCUUCAAUCCUUGUUUUAAAUCUGUUAAUAAAUAUUGUUCAUGUAACUACAUGUUUCAGUCUAAAUGUAGUUAUUUAAGCAGAAAUGACUGAUAUCAGUGUAAAUAAUGCUUUCAUUGAGUGAAGGGUUUUGCAGCUUUUAAAUAAUGAAGGAAUACAACUUGGAGACCUUUCUUAAAUAAAAAAGAAUAA